AUGAAACUACUAUUGGACAAACUUCGAAAGCAUAGUAAGGAAGAUGUUAAUGAUGAUCAGUCGGAUUCAGGUCGUACAACUGUAGUAGAUCCAUUAGAAAUUCCUUUAAAGACAUAUCCACAGGCAUGGCUCGCUCUCUUGAUCCUCGUUUUAUUAAGAACCGCCAUAUCUGUAUUCCAAUUUACAUUCAGUGUAGUGCCUUCACUUACAGGUGAAUUAUUUCAUGUAUCACUUACAGGUGUAAACUGGCUGGCAAACGUUCAAGGUCUAAUGUAUAUUUUCAUGAGCUUCUUUACAGGUUGGAUAUUCCAAACCCUAGGUGUGAAACGUUCUCUUAUAUUAUCAGCAUUAUUGAAUGCAUCAGGAUGCGCAAUUCGUUCAAUUGGUGUUAAAAUGAGCCCACCAUCAUUUAUAGUUAUCAUGUUAGGUCAAAUUGUAGGUUCUGCUUCUGCCCCUUUAGCAUUAAAUAUUAUGACUACUUUUGCUGCUACAUGGUUUACAGAAAACAAGAGAGCAACUGCUGGCAUGUUUGUUGCAACUAGUGUUGAAAAAGUGCCUAUGAUUGUCCACCUUGUAUCUGGUCUUGCUGCUGUUAUUGUCAUUCCAGUUACUCUUAUGCCUUCAAAGCCCCCAAGUCCGCCUUCAAGAGCAAUGAAUGAGGAAAGCACACCCUCCUUUUUUAAGGGUAUCCGGAUACUUUCAAAAAAUUAUAAUUUUUGGAUCUUAUUUUUAGUGCAUGGAAUGAAUGUAGGACUUAGUAUUGCAUUUGGAUCCAUUUUUACGCAGAUUAUUUCACCUCAUGGAUAUACAGAUGCACAAGCAGGUCAAAUGAAUGCCGUUGCAUUUUUUGCUGGCACCUUAGGAUGUUCUGUUGCUGGUCCCGUUUUAGACAGUACUAAGCAACAUAGACUGUUUCUUCGAUUGAUUGCUCCAAUGGUACUUGUAACAGAUAUUGGUUUUAUUUUCAUAAGUAACUAUAUAUAUUUACUUGUAUAUGAUAUAUAUGUGAAAGACUCAACUUAUUUGUUAGCUUCUUAUCCUGUUUCUGAUGCCACAAGUAAUUCAAUUAUAUGGCAAGGAUGUCAGAUAUUCGGUUUUUUAAUUGUACUCAUCAUGGAUCUUCUCAGAGAUACAAACGGAACACCUAAAAACAACAUGUAUCAAGCUCUGUUAUUACAAGCAGCGCUUGCAGGAUUAAUGAUGUUGUUGAGUUUUGCGUUUACAGGACGUAUGCUACGUAGUGAAGCGAUUGAAAAACUUCGAAAACUUGAACAAGAAGAAGAAGAAGUCGUAGAAGAAGAAAAGAGUAUACAUGAAAAGAACAGUGGAUCUCCACCCUUAGAAAAUACCACUGUUAUAGAAGAUGAAGAAGUUCGCUUAGAUACCAACACUAAUAGAAAAUCAAGCACUAUUCAAUCUUUAUGAUGAUCAAUACUAUUUAUUAUUUAUCUCAAUUUAAUCGUCCUCUAAUUCUGAAUCUGUAUCAUAACUUGAUUGGAAAAUUGAUUUCUUUUUAUUUUGCACUUUUUCCUCUUUCUUUUUGAUGACACCUGCAUGAAUUAAUUUUAAUUCUAAAGCGGCUGUUUGAAAACUGUCUGUAUUUCCAAGUGCAUCAAAGCCUACAAUUCUAAAAUAAACAGUUAUAACAUUUGCU